UCUCCUAGUACAAAGCCAACAGAGAUUCCUGCGCUAAAACCGCGGACAGUUGUCCGAGGAGCCGCCGAGCACCAUGUGGCCGACUUCAUCGCCGAGCACCGCCUCGCUAAGCCACCAUUCCGGACCGGAGGAUCACCCGUUGUUGCGUGACGGCCACUUCGCUCCCUUCUCUGCCUACGCUAAUAGCGAGCCGCGGGUGAAGGAAGACUCGCCGACUACCGAAACUCAGCCUCCGGCGUCGGAUCCCGAUGCGUUCUGGCCGGAGAGGAACCUAAACGGCCCGAUUCUGCCUUCCCCGGAAGCUAUGCAGGGGUCUGCCCUGAUGGAAUGGCGUCGACAGAAUGCCAUUCGGUUGGAGGAGAAGGAGAAGAUGGAGAAGGAAAUGGUGAAGAAAAUAAAGGAAGAAGCUGAGGAGUACAAAGCAGAGUAUAACAGGAAAUGGGUACUUAGGUGUGACAGCAACAGAGCUGCCAACAGGGACAAGGAGAAGUUGUUCCUCAACAGCAGAGAGAAGUUCCAUGAUGAAGCUAGUAAGAAUUAUUGGAAGGCAAUUGCAGAGCUCAUACCAGGUGAAGUUCCGGCUAUAGCAAAGAAAGGGAAGAAGGGGCAGGACAAGAAAAAGCCCUCCAUUGUUGUAGUCCAAGGGCCAAAGCCCGGGAAGCCAACCGAGCUUUCUAGGAUGUGCCAUGUACUUGUGAAGCUCAAACAAAACCCGCCCUCACAUAUGAACUCUUUACAGAUCAUACCCGAACCUGGAAACGGGGCAAGGACUGGUGCAGCGCCUCCUCACGCUAAGUCUGCAGGAAGGUAAACUUUGUGAAAUGUUAGCGUGAUCUAUCCCUUACUGUCACUUGUAUAUGAUGAAGCAAUAUGUGCACAAAAGACCAUCUUUUUGUCUGUAAACUCUUCUGCUUUCUUGACAUUUUGCCAGUGUAUAUCGAGAAAAUGUAGCCAUCCUAUACACUGGCAGAUUUAAAUUGUAUAUGCAUAUGUUUCUAUAUAUGCAGCAUUAGUUUUCUGUAAAGUCGAAUAUAAACAAAGUGGAAAAUGUGGAGUCUAAA